GAAUCUUGGCGUUUGACCGGUUUGGUCGUAUCAACCCAGGUUAGCAGACCGCAGAGCGUAUUGGAGCGUGCAUCACAGUGGAUUGAGCUAAUAGCUGUCAAUUUUCCUGAAAAAAUCUCCAAUUUCUCCGCUGAAACGAAUUAAAACCCAGAUUAGUUUCUUCGAGAAUUCGUCUCUGCUGCUUGCUCAGUUCAUCGAUCAUAAGUUAUAACGUUUCAUUGUAACGAUGGUGAUGACCAAAGAAUAUCGGAUAUGCAUGCCCUUUACUACAGAGGAGUACCAAAUUGGACAGUUGUAUAUGAUUGCACGGCAUAGUCAUGAGCAAUCAGACUCCUCUGAAGGUGUUGAAGUUGUUGAAACAUCUCCUUGCGAGCAUGUCACACAUGGAGCUGGUCAAUUCACAGAGAAAAGGAUUCACCUCUCAAACAAACUCCCUUAUUGGAUCCAGUCCUUUGUACCAAAGAUAUUUUACAUAACUGAGAAGGCUUGGAACUACUAUCCUUUCACAAUCACAGUGUAUACGUGUUCUUUCAUUCCGACAUUCCAUAUUUCCAUUAAUACCAAAUAUGAAAAUAACAACGGUUCAACUGAAAACUGCUUAGGCUUAACCCCUGUAGAACUUGUACACCGUGAAGUCGAUUUCAUCGACAUUGCAUAUGAUGAGGUUCCUGCAAAGCACUACAAAGAGGAAGAGGAUCCCAAAUAUUUCAAGUCUAAAAUCACAGGGCGUGGACCGCUUGUGGAAGGAUGGAAAGAUACAACUCAGCCAAUAAUGUGCUCCUACAAACUGGUUCAAGCCUCGUUUGAUGUAUGGGGAAUGCGAACACGAGUGGAGGAAUUCAUUCACAGAUGUGUUCGAGACAUUUUAUUACUCGGUCAUCGACAAGCAUUCGCAUGGAUAGAUGAGUGGUUUGGAAUGACAUUGGAAGAUGUACGUCAAUAUGAAUCAAACAUGCAGGAAGAAACUAAUAAGAAAGUCAACAUACCGCCUGCAGAACCUACUACUCCUACCGAACUUUCAAAUUUUCCAGGGUCUCCCUACUCUCCAGGGACUCCUAAUUCUCCUUCCGGUUCUAUCCCAUCUUCACCCACUACAGAAACUGUGAAAGAUGCAACAAAUCGGUCUUGGUUUUCUUGGUCGUAACCCGAAUGCAAGCAUUGUCUGAACUUUGAAUAAGCAGUCAGUACGUUUCAGUUACCUACCAAAUGUAAUGCGUCAAUUUUUCGCUCUACACGUUAUGACCUAUAAGUCACACUUAUUUUAAAUGAAAACUUGGCACAUGGCGCAAUGGCACUUGGUGCAAUAAUAUGUUGGAGAUUUGCAAAAAGCCAGAAAAUAAUUGAAAGUUUACGUGUUAGUUAUCGCAGUUCAAUUUUAGUGCAAUGGAACGUUGAUUGUAAAACUAUAAGUGUAUUAUUUUUUUUCUGUGCCGUGUGAUCCGCUGUAGAGUAUUGACAUGAUGACACGUCUGGUUGAUCUUGAAUCCUGUGAUGAAAAUUUCGUAUGUACAUUAUCGUAACUCAGUGAAAUGAAAAUUACAUUUUUAUCGUGUAUUAUAAUAUUAUGUAUACACACAUACAUACAUAUAUGACAUCACGUUUCCUAUGUAAUGAACCAAAAAUUAAUAUUGAUAUAUGAAAUAUCAAGGAAACUGCAUCCAGAGAAUUAGGAAAAGUAAAUCUUCCACCGUUAUUCGCUAUAGCUACUUGGUAUUAAAAGAUACAGAGAAAGGAGAAGUUAGUAUUCUUGAGUGUGCAUAAUUCCACAUAAGUGUUACGUUCGUCACGCUCGUUGUUAGAAAUACUCACAUUUGCAAAUUUGAAUGUUCAGUAGUUUUCUCUCAUAAAAAUUUCACUAAUGUAAUAAUAAUUGAUAUCAUUAUCGCUGUGAUUAUGUCAAAUCGAAUAAACAAUAAAUUUCUGAACACAGAUCAUCCAAUCCGGA